AUGCCAAUCACCAGUCUUGCAAUUACGAGGCAUCACCGGAAUGCGAUUCUUUUUCACCACCGGCUGAGGCAUGCAAAUUAUUCGGUCCUAGUGGUCCAGGAUAGGUUUCCGUUUUCCGUAACGUCGUCUCCUCGUCCACUCGCUGCCCGCUUGCUUUCCUCGUCCACGCCGCCCAGCACAACACCCAAGUCGACAGAUGGUGUGCUGGAGCCUCCCCCCUCACCCUCCAUCACUGCAAGAAAGCAUAAGAUUGAACUCAGACCAGGUCCUAUCAAGACCCAGAAGACACCGCUUCCGGUGACCGACGUCGCACCUGCAUCUUCCAGCCCGCCCGCCCCGCAGUCGCCCGCGCCUGCAAAGACUGAGUCACUCGUGGAGACGACGAAGCAUGACAUGGAGGAUGCGUCCCAGCACGGCAUCCUCGCACCCCCACCCGCGGACGCGUCGUGGGCAGGCAAGCUCUGGCACCAAGCCAAAGAGCUCUUCAAAUUCUACUGGCGAGGCAUAAAGCUCAUCGCGAGCAACCGCCGCCGCGUACGCACGAUCGAGGCGCGCGUCCGCGCCGGUGGUGCCCCGCUCUCGCGCUGGGAGACCAAGUUUAUUCAGACGAACCACCGUGACAUGCUCAAGUAA